AUGGACCAGCUUCCACAGGAAUUAGUCGACCGAAUAAGCAGUUAUCUCUCUCCUGAUGACCUCAAGAAUACACUAUUGCUGUCUCAUGCAUUCCGCUUUUCCACUGAAAAAUACUCUGGAGCAUUUGCAAGAUUCGCCCUAAACGAAGACACCGCCGAGAAGUUCAUUGACACUUUCUCUGGUCAUCGGCUUCUUUAUUUGCGCGAUCUGGAAUUCGGGAUCCGCCUUCCUCUUCCUGAAGACAGCCAGCGUCGCGACAACGCGGACCAAGUGAGCAAGCAUGACAAGAGUUUCACUCAACAAAUCACGUUUCUGUUCAAGACCAUGAAAACGGUCGAAGAACGUGCAGGAAACCAGAAUAAACCUGGAACAGUUCGGCUCGCGAUAAGCUCUCCCUCGCGACCAAUCUUUCGCGGACGUUCACUCUCGUACCAUCAUCACUUGAGCUGGCGCGUCCAUUUGUUGGAACCCGAGGCACUUCCGUUACUCAAAUCGGUUCGUUCCCUGGAGGUAGGAGAUGACUGGGACGGGUCGUUCGGCAGAAGAGCAGAUGAUGCGGAUUAUAAUUGGGCGCGAGUGAAACCGGACUACCGUGUGAUGGUCGACCUUGUCGUCAAGUUGCCGAAUCUUGAGUACUGGGGCUGUCGAAUUGGAGGUGAUGAAUGGUCGCCGAAGACGGAACAAGAAGCGACAAGAUAUCUCACGCAAGAUUGGGCUGGCCCACGUCGGGACACAAGACAGGAUUUUGCAAAAGCUCUCUUGUCUGCACGUCUGCCUGAUUCACUUCGGCGCAUUCGUUUAGACUUUCUCCAUGACCUACACAGUAGCACGCAUAUCGACCAUCUCACAGCACAACCUAAUCUGGUAAGCCCAGCGGCUAAUGAUCUUUUCAGCACCAGUCUACGCCACCUCUCACACCAUCUCCGACGGCUUCACUUGCGUGUAGUAGCGGACGAAACGCUGUUCUGGUCCAAAGAUAAUUGCACCCCUUCCUGGCCGAAUCUCGAGAGUCUCGUUGUCAUGUUCCACAUGGUUAGCCCGUCGGGACAAUGGUAUUUCAUAGGACCAAACGGCGAAGGGCACGACACAGCUGCAUUCAAGGUCACUAAUGCCUCAUACCCACCCUUGGAAACAACCCCCUAUGACGAAGAAAUGGACGGGCAGAUUGAGGAAGAGGGAGACCGGCGAUACAGGGGGAGCCCAAACACCCGCAUCCGCAUGGUGCCGAAUGAUACUACACUACGACCGUUCCUUGCAGCCUUUGCCAAGGCAGCAUCAAACAUGAGGGCUCUCCAAGAAGCGGUGCUCUGGUGCCCUCUUGCGUGGGCGCCUAAUGAUGAAGAUGAUGAAGAAUUAGAGACUGACUGGCUUCCAGAAAACUGUACAGACAGGGAUAGACUCGCUUGGGGAGUGCAUUAUCAAGCGACAGGCGAGCCUAACUUUACUCAGCAGGGUGGAAACCUUCCUACAGAAGUUCCUCUACUCUGGUGGAAAGUCGGCAAGUGGCGUCCGGAUCCCGAGCUUCAUGAGCUUUUUCAGCAGAUCGGACGUACGCCAUGGGGUGACGGUCUGAAAGAACACUGGGAGGAUGAAGACUAUGGAGAGGGAUUGGUGGAUCGCGAAUACUUUGAGUAUUGUGUACAAGAAGAAGUUGAUAAGGUGGGGCGGAUCCCGCCGCCGAACUAA